GGGUCCUUCAGAGCUCGAAUUCGUCGCCCUUGAGAGAUGUAUUCAAGCGGAUCCGUCCGAUGAAAAACUGGUGCUCGGCCCCAAGGUGAUGCAGAACGAUUGGGCUGCACUGUUGGAUCGCUACUGGCUUCUGUUACUCUUCGUUUUGUUCCUCUUGGCGUGGAUCGUUGUCAUACCCUUCGUUGGUAUAUGCUACUGCUGCCUCUGCUGCUGUCUGAGGUGCAAACAGGGCCUCUUCCUGAUGAUCCUCGGCCUGAUGUGA